CAGUCGUUGUGUGGACAUUGUGUCGCAAUAAUAUCGCAGAUUUCGUUUUAAAUAUUUUUUUCCUAUAUGUGAUAGGUGUACGUGUUAUACUUACUUAAUUUAGAAGUUUCGUAGAUUUUUUCUUGAUACACAAAAACUCGUUUGUUUGUCGUGUUCCAGUGCUUGUCCAAACUGUAUGGACUGUAUGAAGUGUAUGGAUUAUAAUAUUUAUUUGGUACGAUGAGUGAGUUCUUCAGGAAAAGUAAAAGGGGUAGAGGCAAAGCAAAACACGAAAUCUUGGACCGAUACCUAAAAGCAUUUUUUGCUAUUCAAUGCCAAUCUGUAACCUGGGAUACGCCUGUUUUAUACGUUGAUGGUUUUGCCGGACCGGGAACGUACAAAACAGAAGAUGAAAAUUCCAACGAAGAAAUAGGAUCACCUAUUGUUGCAUACCAGGCCGCCUCGGAACAUACUUUGAUUGGAAAUUUCAACGCAAAGCACAAUAAGAUUUUGUUGAUUUUCGUAGAGAAAAACGCAGCACUUUGCAGAAAAUUGGAAAAAAAUCUUGCGCGUCUACAAAGUACGAAGACAGAAGUUGUUAGAGAAGUAGUACAGUUCCGAGUUGUGAACGACGAUUUUAAAAGCUAUCUGGAUCAGCUGCUUUCAUCAGAAAAUGAGGAAUUCUCACAUUCACCUAUGUUCGUUUUUGCUGAUCCCUUUGGGUAUGGAGGUGAGUCGAUACCGAUGAAAUCGUUCAAGAAAUUAAUGGAACGUCAAGAUGGUAAAUGGCUACCCACUGAGGUUUUCAUAACAGUGAUGGAUGGAUUUGCUCGUCGAUUUAUUAGUGACUCCAGACAAUCUUCAUCGAUCAACGCAUUGAUGGGCUAUGAAAAUUGGCAUUAUCUGACGGAGCAAGAUAACUUAACGCCAGAACAACGCCGAACUGAAUUUAUUAAACUUUACAUUGACAACCUAGUACAAGGCAUACCUAAAGCGCUUGUCCUGAAAUUCAGUAUGAGGAACAAUAAUAAUCGUCACGUCUAUCAUCUAAUAUUUCUUACGAGCCAUAUCAAAGGAAUAAAGAGCAUGAAAGAAGCUAUGUGGAAAAAAACACAAAACGCAACCGAAAUGGUCUUUUCAGAAUGGAUGGAAAACCGCAAUGCCAGUGAAAGCAUUAUCGACAAGACAAGAGAACAAGUGGCUCGGUGCCUUAGUGAAUUGAUAAAAAAUGAAUUUAGCGGUUUAACCGUUAGAGGAUCUAAACUGGAGCUGUAUAUUUGGCUUGAAACACCAUAUAUUUCAAACGUUAAGAAUAAUCUAAAGAAACUAUUCAAAACCUAUGCGAUAAAUUCCGAAAGAGCCUUUGAAAAAAUCAAAUAUCAAUUUCCUGGCGAACCGAAGCUGUUGAGAGGAACAGUGAAUCGUGAUGAGGAUGAUAUACUCGAAAGUAUAUUGUCUGAAUCGCUACGUUCAAGUUAAUUGUAAUAAGUAAAAUUUAUUUAGAAUAAAAUUCUAUUUGCA